AUGUACGGCCCUUUAUGCGAAAAUGCGAUAAUGAGUUUAAUGACAAAUGUUACCUUGAUACUAAAAAUAGUACAUUUAAUGAAUGUGCAAGAUGAAAAAAUGUGUAGCAUCAAGAAUGAUGAUACUUUGGAUAAGGCGUUUAACACUAACAAUAACAAUGAUAAUUCUGAUAAAGUGUCUUUGCAUUCUACCUCUGAGAAUGAAACGAAAAAUAUAUUAAUACAAAAUCUAUCCGAGAGAAUUUAUAAGAGACAAAAGCAAACUGUUAUGAUGUCGGUAAAAGAUGCAUUACGUACAAUGGACAAUGUAUUAGACGAUGAGUAUGAAGACAAGAUAGAAAUCGUGGAGACGAAUAAUGCUUAUGGCAGGGUAUUGGUUGAUAAUAUAGUAUCCUCUGCAGACGUGCCAUUUUAUAAUACUUCGACUAAACACGGAUACGCAGUAUUGGUCAGCGAUGGAAAGAGUACAAGAAGAGUACUGAAACACUUCAUGUUCGCAGAGAUUUCGAUUGUACCUGGCACUUGCGUGCGAGUAAGAAGUGGAGAUCCCAUACCCAAUGGAGUAACGGCGGUUGUAACGCUAGCGAAUACAAAGAUAUUGAAAGAAUGUAGCGACGAUGAUGACGAUUAUUUUAAUAUCAACGACAAGGAAUAUGAAAUUGAAGUUUUAGUAGCCCCGGAAAAAAACGAAAAUAUUAGAUACGCUGGCUGCGAGAUAAAAUGCAGAGACAGCGUUUUACAGGGUUUCACUCGUAUCGGAACGGUAGAAUUGGGCAUUUUGAAAUUAUGUGGCAUAAAUUCAGUUUCAGUCAUGCGAAUUCCAUCUGUAGGUCUGCUGUCUAUCGGAGAUAAAUUGGAAGAGCCUGGGUACACUUCAACUUUAAAACGUAUCUACGAUUGUAAUAGUAUAACUCUAAUCUCGUUAUUGAAAGAAAAUGGUUACAAUCCCGUAGAUUUAGGAAUUUCAGCUUAUCAGUUAAAAGCCAUUAUCAAAAAUAUUGAAUACGCUUUGGACAAAGUAAACCUACUUGUGAUAAUGGGACAUGCAAACGAUAAUGAUUUAUUAAAGCCUAUCUUAAGAGAAUAUUUUAAGGCUGUUAUACAUUUUGGUCGCGUGGAGAUGAAACCAGGAAAAUCAACAACAUUCGCAACAUGCAUUUUCAAUCACAAAUUAAAGUUUUUCCUAUGCAUGUCGGCAAACCCAGCAACAAUUCCCAUUGUCGCGCAUAUAUUCCUUCUGCCAUUUUUGAACGGGAUGGACUUCGAGGACCAGGCUUAUGAACCCAAGCCUAACAUACAGACUUGCAUAAUGACAACGCAUGAGCUGCAUCGUCGUCCAACAUUUUCAUGGACAACCUUACACUGGUCAGAGAAGGAAACGUUUCCAAGGACUCUCUGUUCAAAAAAACAACAUCAGAACAUAUUGAAAUAUCAAGAAGCUAAUGCGCUUCUAAUGCUACCGCAGCGUACGUCGUAUGAGUCGAAAAUAGACGCGGCAUUCGUAUCAGCGAUGUUUCUCGUAGGGCAAAACAGCAGUAUUGAAUCAUCAAUUGUCGAUCAAGCUGAUUUAAAACGCAGUAUAAACUUUGUAGGAGAAUUGGCUUCCAUCGAAUUUUCGAAAUGUGAUAAGAAGGAAGUAAAGGAAAAAUUAAUUUCAUUGACCGAUCAGAAUAAAGGUAAUGUUAUUAUCUUAAUUGGCGAAAUUUCUGUUGUGAACAACGUUGUAUAUGAGGCAAUUGAAGAAAUCAUUGAUAAAAAUAUUUCCAAGGAUCUAACUACGUUAAUAUCAAGCCUAAGAGAGGAACUAACGUAUUCAUUUAAUCGACCUAUAUGUGGAAUACGAAAGGACAAAUUUAUUAUUAGUAUAUGUGAUUCCAAUGUGAUUGCAAAUACGAUGAUAAAUCUUGAGAUACAUGAAUCCUAUGCAUCCUUGAUAUUCCCAAUAAUGCGCUUGAUGCAUAUUGUACAAGAUAAAAAAAUUGAUAAUACCGAAAAUCGUGGUCCUGAUGAGGCGUUUUGUAAUAAUAGUAAUAAUGAUAUUUCUGAUAAGUCGUUAUCUUUGCAAUACGUCCCCAGAAAAAAAAACGAUGAAAUACUUUCCACUGUAGAAUACCUUCCUCACUCGAAAGAACAAGGCAAAUUUCUACAAAAUGUACGCACGAAUGAUCACGUCGCAAGUGAAUAUCAACAGAAAAAUAUGUUAAUAACGGAGAGGAUUUAUAAGAAACAAAGGAAUCAAUUUAUGUUGCCAGUGAAAAAAGCAUUAAAAAUAAUACGUCUUAUAGUAUACAAAUACCAUCUCGCAAAAGAAGAAAAUGUGCAAAUAAAAGAUGCUUACGGUAGGAUACUGGCAAAUAAAAUAUGUUCCUCUGUAAAUGUGCCGCUUUAUAACAUUUCUGCUAAACAUGGAUACGCGGUAUUAGCCAGCGACGGGAAGGGCAUAAGAAGAGUAUUGAAAGCACAUCCCACGUUCGCAGAGAUUUCGAUCAUACCUGGCAUUUGCGUGCGUGUAAGAAGUGGAGAUCCCAUACCCAAUGGAGCAACGGCAGUUGUAACAUUAGAGAAUACAAAGAUAUUGGAAGAAUGCAUCUAUAAUGACGACGAUUAUUUUAAUAUCGACGACAAAGAAUAUCAAAUUGAAGUUUUAGUAACCCCGAAAAAAAACGAGAAUAUUAGAAACGCUGGUUGCGAGAUGCAACGCACUCAAUGCAUUUGCAAUAAAUUCACUCGUAUCGGAUCAGCGGAACUGGGCAUUUUGACAUUAUGUGGUAUAAAUUCAGUUCCAGUCAUUCAAAUUCCAUCUGUAGGUCUGCUAUCUAUCAGUAGCGAAUUGAAAAAGCCUGGAAACGCUUCAAUUCUAGGACGCAUCCACGACUGCAAUAAGAUAAUUGUAUCCUCGUUAUUGAAGAAGAAUAAUUAUGAUCCGGUGAACUUAGGAAUUUCUGCUCACAAAUUGGACGAUAUGGUCAAUAAAAUAAAAAAUGCUUUAGACAAAGUGGAUAUACUCGUAAUAAUGGGCCGUACAAAUGACAAAGAUCUAUUGAAGCCUAUCUUAAAGAAAUAUUUUAACGCAAUGAUAUAUUUCGGUUGCGUGAAGAUGAAACCAGGAAAAUCGACAAUAUUUGCAACGUGCACGUUCAAAGAUAAAAUAAAGUUUUUGCUAUGCAUGUCGGCAAACCCCACAACUGUCCCCGUUGUCACGCAUGUAUUGCUUCUGCCAUUUCUGAACGAAAUGUAUCGCAGUUACUUGACGAAACCCAUUAACAUACAGGCUUGCAUAAAUACAAAGCAUGAGCUGCAUUCGCGUCCGAAAUUUUUCUGGACGACAUUACGCUGGACGGAGACAGAAAUGUUUCCAAGAGCUUACUGCUUGCAAAAUCAACAUCAAAAUAUAAUGAACUAUCAAAAAGGUAAUGCGCUUCUAAUGUUGCCACAAUGUUUGCCAAAUCAGUCGAUAUUAGAUGCAACAUUCGUACCAACGAUGUUUCUCGGCUGAAAAAUCUCCAAGGUAUUCAACUAAUAAGACAUUCGCAUACAUUUGCGUUAUUUAGUUAUAUAUAUUAUUCAAUUGUAAUUAUGACUAAGCUGUUACAUUUAAACUACAUUUUAAUUAAGAUCUAAAUGAAGUAAUUACGCUGUGUAUAAAAAAAAAACAAAUGUAUAAGCAAAAUAUACAAU